AUGGUGACAAAGAAGAUCUUUGGCUUUGUUCUUGUGAUCAUGUUUCUUCUCUUGGGUUCAAGCUCUGCUAAAACCUACAAAGUCGGAGGUUCCAAUUACGGUUGGACUGUGAGUGACGACUCUUGGACAGAACAUAAGGAAUUCCACGUCGGAGAUUCUCUCGUGUUCGAAUACGACAAGAACGUCAACGACGUAACUCAAGUCUCUAACUCUUUGCAGUAUGAGUCAUGUGAUAACUCUUCUCCCAAAGUUGUUUACAACACAGGACACGAUGUCGUGACCUUCAAGGAACCAGGACAUCACUAUUUUAUCACCUCCAAUCAUAUUCAAUGCGUUGGGGGACUGAAACUUGAUGUUCUUGUCGUCCAUGGGCCGUCAAGUCCGAGUCCUCCUCCACCACCACCACCAUCGAGGAAGAUCCAUGGCCCAUCACGUCCGACUCCUUCACCACCACCACCGAGUAAGAACCAUGGCCCGUCACGUCAGAUUCCUCCACCACCUCCUAGCAAGGACAAUGGCCCCUCACGUCAGAGUCCUCCACCACCGAGCAAGAUCCUUCCUUCUGCUGAAAGAAUGCACGCGGUCGGUGACUCAAGCGGGUGGAGCGUAUACAACAGUUACUACUAUGAAAAGUGGAGUGAAGAUAGACAAUUUCGUGUUGGAGAUACUCUCUUUUUCGAAUACAACAAACACAUCAACGACGUUAGAGAAGUCAGCAAUGAACUUGACUUUGAAUCCUGCAACCCAACUUCUACAAUAGCCGUCUACAAGACCGGACACGACAUCGUUAGGCUCACCAGACCAGGAGUGCAUUACUUCGUAAGCUUAAAGUCCGGUCUUUGUCAUGCUGGGAUUAAGCUUCGAGUCACGGUGCAACCAUCAACCGAAGACGUUACUGUGCCGGAUGUUCCCAAGAUGAAGUUGUCACCUAUUAACCGCUGCACGAGGUGGUGGUGGUUAUGUAGUUUCAGACGUCAUCACUAAGCAUUCGGAUCAACUAAGUAGUCAA